AUGGAAAAACAAACGAAGACAGUCAUGGCUUCUUUUUUGAAUCCUUACGAGUAUCAGUCGAAAUAUGACUGCGGGUUCAUGCGGGCCAAGUGCACCAGGACAAGUACUGCUUACCGCAUUGGUUACGAGCAAGUGACCAUGGCAGAGACGAUAACAACGGCCGAAUGUUGCGAAGGAUAUGCCCAGACUGGAGACGAAUGUGAACCAAUCUGCAGACCCGCGUGUGUAAAGGGAGUUUGCCAUAAGCCAAACUCAUGUCAGUGUCGUCCUGGCUAUGAAGGCGAAUCCUGCGACUCUGGUACAAAUGGGGAGCCGGAUGUCAAAAUGACUGCGAAUGCAAAAACGGGGCGCAAUGCGAUCCCAUUCACGGGAACUGCAUCUGCCUUCGAGGAUGGAUCGGAAGGCAUUGCGAGGAACCCUGCAGCCGUGGGACGCAUGGCCUCGAUUGCAGCGAGACGUGUCUAUGUCAGAAUGAGGCAAUGUGCGACCCUGUCUCUGGGAUUUGUACUUGCGCUCCUGGCUGGAUUGGAGCUUAGUAAGACACUUCGUGUUCACAUCUAUUCAGGGGAAAUGUUUUGGAGUCUGAAGGAGUAUUUUGAUGGCCAGUUGUGA